GCGCUCAACCUCUCUAUUAUUUUGGAUGUGCGGGAAUUCAAACUCUGAAAACUCCAAAAGAAUGGCAUCUUCGUCGACUUAUUCACGAUACAGCAGUAAUUCAGAUAAUUACUAUGAUAUAAACGACAUUCUAGCGACUCAUGAAAAGAUACCUUGUAAGGUUGAACUACCAUUGCAUAGACUUGGUUUUCUGAAUCCUGGUUCAGAUGGCGAAAACAUACGAGUUGGUACGAAAAUGGACCUUCCCUACUGGCUGGUCACCGGCCUCCUCGGGCGGCGCAGGCCGCUUGUGAGCGUUGAACCGCCCAAGUAUUUUCGCGGCUCCUACCGAGAGAUAAUGAGUGCUGAUGCAAACAUCGUCGAUUUACAUAAAAUGGGCCCCUACUACUACGCUUUUGGAACUAAAAUUCUCAGUUUUGAUUUCCCAGAAUCCGAAGACAUUGCAAAGUCAUUGAUUGAGACCUACAUCAACCGUUUCCGCAAGGUGAUGGAUGGCUCACAGAAUGCAUCUCAUGAGGAUAAUAACCGCCUAACCAGCAAGAUGGAUGAAACAGAGAGGUCCAUCUACCGAGCCGGACAGGGUAGUCUCAGGAGUUUUCAGAGCUGGGAGACGAGACAGAUCACAAAGAUAUGUACGUCGGAUAUGGUAGCUAACCACAGGAAGAGAAAACGAGCAGCAAUGGAUGAAGAUGAUCACUGAACAAGACAGUUGUAGAUAACAAGAUAUUCAUCUGAUAUGGUAGCUAACCACAUGAAAAUAAAACAACCAGUGAUGGAUGAAGAUGGUCAUGGAACAAGAUAGAUUAUGAAAGGUGUGCAUAUAAAUCAAUCAGAUAUUGGUAGCUCACCACAGGAAAUGGAAACAAGCAGCAAUGGAUGAAGAAGAUCACUGAACAAGAUUGAGGAAGAUAACAAGAUGCAUGUAUAAAUAUGAUAUGGUAGCCAACCACAUGAAAGUAAAACAAUCAAUAAUUGAUGAAGAUGGUCAUGGAACGAUAGAUUAUGAAAGAUAUGAAUUGAAUAUAGGCCUACAUGAGAUAUGGUAGCCAAC